ACCUGCGCAAUAGACGGUCUUUCCGUGAGCAGCACAUGCCCAAAAAGUGGUGCUGGGAAAGACAAUGAAAGGAUACAUCCUAAUUAUCUUGAAAUGUGUUUAGAAGCACUUGUGAUUAGUUAGUGAGUGAGGACUUUGAUUUCAGUGCAAGAGAGACACUGUGUAUUUUCACAAGUGACAUGUCGGUUCUUUCGGCUGGCUUGUCGGCCAGUAUGACGUACGCAUCGUACCUAAUCAAGGUUGGUCUGAUAAGCCUUGGUGCACUUGGCGUAACUGGGAUACUGAGGAAAAAGACUCUGGGCGACGGUGGUGGCUACGGUGGUGGCUACGGUGGUGGCUACGGUGGUGACUACGGUGGAGGAUAUGGUAUGGGAGGAGGAGGAGGAUACGGAGGUGGUGGAUACGGUGGAAGUUACGAUGAAGGAUAUGGUGGAGGUGGGGGCUACGGUUAUGGAGGAUACGGUGAUUUGUAUGGGAGAAAUGACGAUUUUGCGAAAGAUGCUGAUGAUUUUUACCGGCGAUCUGCUGAACAAACUCCUUCUAAAUCAAAGAAAAACACCGACUCAUAUGAAAAGUACUAUGAAGAAUAUUAUAAUAAAUACUAUGAAGAUUACUACAAAGAUUACUGGGACAAAUACUACAAGAGCAUCGGGGAAAACCCGCCGAAAUCGAGGGAAAAGCGCUAUCGCCGCAGCAUCGAGGCCAGAAAACUAAAGCGCUUCAAAUCACGACUCAAUUCAAAGCCAACCGAAGAAGAAAAAAUUCUGGCGCAAAUUCGGAAAGAUGAUCCAGAAAACUGCGGUCCUCGACUCGUCUGCGAGCUCGCCAGUCGUGAUCAUUGGUUGCUGUCAGAGGAUGAACGAUCGAUUCUCCAACUCAUCCACAAUGGAGACGAGUUGUUCAACUCCAUCAGACCAGGCGAAGGUCUAUUACCAGACAGCCCCCUGCUGCUUGAGUAUAAGGAAGCUGCUCGACUGGGCGCCCGUGGAGCGUCUUGCCACCAAGUCUACAGCAGUUGCCCCUACAACGCUCGGCAGAUGAUGGAAGCUGUCGAAAUGGCCAAACUUACAUGAAUCAAUACGAAUUUAUUAUUUAUUUAUUUUAAUUAUUUAUAUAUAAUCAAUGCGUAAUUAUAUAAAUUAUUAGUUGGAAUAGAGAUGCAUUUUUUUACUCAGGAUGGAGCGAUAAUCAUCCGAAAAAUUACUGAAGUUUUUAAAGCAAAAUAAAUGAUUAAAUAAAUGACACAUUCAGUUUGGAGAGCAAAAUCUUUUAUCAAGGUGGAAAUAAACUCAUAUUUACUGUUUGAAGAGUUUAUGGUAGAUUUUUCGUUAAAAAAGUUAUUAUGCUUAGUUUUAAAUUAAAUUAUGUACUAAUGUGUAAUGCGAUUGAUAAUGACUGGGCCAUUAGUGGGCAUGUUCAAUUUCCAUUAGGAAUUUAAAAGCAAAAACAAUACCACAAAAAUUCACCAUAUCUU